AACACUGUACACAAGUUAUUCACACCUAUUUCCACACAAGCCCACGCAAACACUGCGUGUUUUCAGUAGAAGACGCUCACUCUGAUACGAAAUGUUGUGUUCUUGGUUUAACGGUGAAAAGGUGGAAACUUUGCUAAAUCCGUCACACGAUACGAUUUCUAUCAAAUUUUGAAGUGAAAUUAUUUAAAAUCACACUAAAGACUCUCAAUGGCAAAGAUUCACCUUGACUGUUAAUUAUUCGUUUAUAUUAUCUUGUUAUCAAUAAAACAUAUGGAAUCUGAAUUUUUGCCAGAUAAAGAAAAACCACCUGUACCAAUAAAAACAUAUCAAUGGGAAGAUUUGCGGAGAUCACGUGAGGCAGGUGGUUAUCCUUGGACUUAUCUUCUGAAGCCACCGAUCGAGGGAGAAAUAACAGCUGAAGACGUUUUGAGGGAAACAACACCCAGAAGAAGUAUGUCGCGGGAAUUCUCACGAUCGCGGACUCAUUCGCCCGCCGGUGACGACCUAAGAAUCCUGAACCUUGACUCGUCCCCUGGAAGCAGUCGCAGACAUGGAGAGGAAGGCGCAGACAAGGGUGUACAUAUACCAAACUUUUCAAAAGAAGUGUCGUUGGAUUCAGAAGAAGACCAUAAUAAGAACUCAGAAGAGGUUCCUUCAACCAGUGAUGACGUAUCUAAAUCUCAUUUAACAACAUCACCACCUGUACCAAAAAGUGUUUCACCGAAAAGUAUAUUAAAACGUAGAAGUCCAGAUCAGAUUUUCCAUGGGUUUACAGAAACUCGUGAAAAAACCAAAUGUUGCCACCCAUUGGUGAAUAAAAUAAAGCAUUUGGCCGAUAAAACACUACAAAAACUGGAAAGAAAUGACAACGAAAAAUCACCUCAACCGAAACGAAAGAAAGAUGAAGAAAAUCAAGACAUAAGGCAGUUAAAAACUUCACCUGGUGCAGCUCGAAGACAGAAAUUUAGUGCCAUAAAACUUGGAGACUCUGAUGAAAUGAGCAAAAAUAUGAGCGUAGAUUCCACUCCUCCUUCAAGAAAGAAAAAAGAUCACAUUUACGAAGAUAUAGAUGAAUCUAAAAGCUAUGCAGAAAAAUCAUUGCAUUUUUCUCCUGAUGUUGAAGAACGCGAUGUAAAUAAUGAACGUGAAACUGAUAGCAUAUUUGAAAAGAAGUCAAAUGCCUCUCAAGAUCCAAGUUUAGUAGCAGAAGAUGGAAGUGAACUUAAACCGGAAGAGCACAUCAUGGAAAAAUUACACAAAAUGGAUGAUACAAAAAAAGAAAUUGUUCCGUGUGAUGAUGAUGGAGAAGAACCAAAUGUUGAUGAAAUAUUUCAAAAUCAGUUGGAGGAAACUACCCAGAAAGAUGGUUCUCCAAACAUUACUAUUACAGAAAUUACAGACGAUACUGGAGACAUGGAAACUGAACCGGUUCCAGAGCCUCGCAUCGACACCUCACCUAGCCCUCAAGAAGAUAUUGCUGAUAAAAACAGUAACGUUUCCGACAUGACAGGAGAUUGGUCUAAAUCCAGCAGUGACCACGAAUAUGAAAUAAUCGAAAAACCUUCUACUGAUACUAUAUUUUCAAGUCCGAUCGUCAGUGAAAAAGUAACGAUGACGAAAACAGAUGACGAAUUAUCUAGUACAACAUCAUUAGAAAGGAAGUUCUUACAGCAUCAAUCCGAUGACGAUGAAUUACAAGAGGACAAGGAAAACUUUGAUGACAGUAAGGAUGAAGGGAUAAGACAAGCAGAAGCUCUACAAAAAAAUAUUGAGGAACAAUACUUCGCAAACACCCCCUCAGUCAUUUCACGGACAGAGUGUGAAGUAAGCACCAGUCAAGUGGAUUCUUCGGCGUUAGAAAAUUUGCCCUUGAAACGUGGAAGUAGAAACAAAAAUAAUGAUGGUAUCGACAGUAUGAUUCAACAACGUAUUAGAGAAGGAACUGGUAAACUAAAAACGCAAGCUGGAAAACUGAAGACAAAACUACAGAAUAUAAAGGCAAGUAUGCCAGACAGACCUAAAAUAAAUUUGCCAGAUCGUCCUAAGUUUAAAAUGCCAGAACGCCCAAAAAUUAAUUUACCCGAAAGACCAAAGUUUUCUCUUCCCGACAGAAGAAAAUUCAGUUUACCCGACAGGCCAAAAUUUAAGAAAAUAAAUAUAAGCGAAAAGUUGUCGAUGGGAGACCGAAAAAAAUUCACACUACCCGAUAGACCUAAAUUCAAUGUUCCCGAUAUGCCAAAGUUUAAACUUCCCGAUCGUUCAAAACUAAACUUUUCUAGCUUGGGAAGAAAAAAAGAGUAUAAAAUAAAAGAGCCAACACCAUCAAAUAGUGAUUUAAGUAACGCAGCUCCAGUUGAGUAUGAAGCAAAAACAUACCCAAGGCUAUUUAACCGAAAGAAAAAAUCUGCUGAAUUAGCUGCAUCAUCAUCACCUGCAAUAGAUAGAGAAGAUACACCUCCACCAGUUUUCACCUUCACCCGAAUGAAAAAAACAGAAAACGUUCCAUCGAAUAGUUCGGAAGGACCGCGUGAAUAUGGCAUGGUGGAUGAUGAUGAUAAUUAUCACGAAGAAAUGGCUGAGAGCAAAGAUAACGAAAAAUAUGAUUAUGAAAAAGAAGAGGCCGAGUACACUGACGAUAAUAAAUUGUCAAAAUUGCAAGUAAAUGGGCAAUCUUCAUCUAUUCCAAAUAUUUCACCGUCAAAUCAAGAAUACUCCCAUGUGAUAAACGAAAUAAAUAAUGACGAAUUUUUUGUACGACCGAGAGGAAUUUCUCGUGAAAAUAUUCAAAUGAGAGAAUACUUAAGCGAUGAAAUACGACAAGCCUUCAAAAUUCCAAAGAAUGCCCUUUCAAUGCUUGGAAGCACAUCCAAAGAUACUGACAGCCAUCAUUUAUAUAAUAAUGACGAUGUUGAGGCUGACCCAGAACUAAUGCUUGAUGAAAAUGAGCCAGGCAGGUAUUCAAACGAAGAUCUGCAAGAAAAGGAUGAUGGUUAUUAUACAUUCCCACCUGUACGACCAUCUCGAGCAAAGCGAAAGCAGAGGGAACUAGAUUCAGUAAAGUAUAUUGAUGAAAGUGUAACUGCCAGCAUGCAAUUCAGUGAAGUUGACCUUGGUCUACCAGACCAGACUGAUGAACAACAACAUUACGAUAAUGGUGAUUAUGUUGACGACUACCUCCAGGAAUCCAAUGGAAAUGAAUUAAACGAUUCUCGUGACCAUCGUUAUGCCAAUCAGGAAAUGUUCGAAUAUGAACCUAACAAUCAAAUUGAAUCACAAACCCUACCAAUGCCACCUAAGAGAAAAAAGAAAAGCAAAAGUGAUAUUUUGAAUUCCUCUUAUAAUGAUUUCACGUCAGAAGCCUUAUGGAAAGAGCCUGAAGAACAAACGGAAGAUAUAAUUGUAUAUCGAACCGAACACGAGUACAUUGUUCCGCAAACAGAAAUAGCCACCGAGCAAAGUCCUUUGCCGCCAAGGAGAAGUCGAAAUCAUUCACGAAGUUCUCGCGGAACUUCGCUUUGCGAUGAUGACAGGACAUCUCAUGGAGCGGAAUCCUUAACUCUUGAUACCCAUAUCCCACCAUUAGAAAGUACUGAUAUUGAACGAGAGAUUCGCCAUGAAAGCCCUGGAUAUGCCACUGUAGACAAAAGACCAAACUCACCGAGCAAAGCAACUCGUCGAUCAAAGAGUAAGACUCCACCACCGGUUAGACGCCGAAAGAGCAGUGACGUUAAAUAUUACACGGUGGGCCCCACUAAAGCUAUAAUGCCCGAUCGUCCACCGAGAAAGAAAUCAUCUACUAGUCUCAUGACCUUAGACAACAUUUCAAAGAGAUCUUUAAGAUCUUUAAGUGGUGACAUAACCCCUUACGAUGAAAUUGAUGAGCUUCCUUUUGAAGAGGUACAUAAAGGACUAGUGUCUGGGGAGGUAAUAAAUAAAAUGAAAGACAGACCCUUGCCACCACCACCAAGGCCACCAAGAGGAUCUCGUAGGAGAAAAAAUAAUGAUGGGAAUGAUGAAAAAGCAAAUGAGAGUAAUGAUUUUGAAGCUGAAAUACCAACACAAGAAGAAGUAAAAUCUGAAGAAGUGGUUGAGAUUGAAGUGUCAACCCAAACUGAUCCAUUACCAGAUGAUGUGGAUUAUGAAUUAGGUAUGGAUGAGAAUAUAGAUAUAUCCAUGUCCAGUUCCAUAAGAGAUGUUGUAGAUGAAGAUCAUAUUAACAUGUCACCAAAUAAGCUAACAGAGAGCCCUCGUGUGUCACGUCCAACAUCUAGAUCAGAAAAAUCAUUUAAGCUUUCAGAUCCAAAAAUAUCUGAACUUUCAAAAUCUACUCUGGGCCGUACUUCGCCUACAGUAAUUUUAGUCGAACGGCGAGUUUCAAGUCCUACUAGAAUAAAUGAACAUGAAGAAAUGCUAACCGAAGCCUCAUUGACUGUCCAGCAUAUAGAUUUAGAUGAAUCUAAAAUUCCGGACGUUCCCCCUCUUCCAAUGCCCCGCAAUAGUUCAACAGCUAAAUCUGCGUCUAAGAAAGUCGUCCCCAGUUCCACGGAAAAUGCCUUGGACUUAGUAGCAGGGUCCCGGGAUGUUCAGCUGGACAAUUUGAUCACGCAACGACUACAAGUGAGGGACUUAGACGUUGGAAGAUUAAACGUAUCUGAACUUCAAGCUAGUAAAAUACUAGUGUCAGAUAUAGAAGGAAUGACCUUGCAAGUAACAGAAUUAGAUUCUAAGUCAGGUCAUAUAUCGGUCAGUGGCAUUGAGUUUUCGCAAAACAUCAUAGAUGAAAUAGUAAAGAAAUUUGCUGAGCUGACUACUCCCACUGCGUCAACUUCACAACAACAUGAUGUAGACAAUGUACGGCCGGUCAGUAGAGAAGAACACACGCAGACUGAGCAGCCCACAUCCGAAGCGAAUGAAGUUAAAACUCCUGCCGGGGACCAACAAGACGCACCCGUACCUCCACCGAGGCCAGUGAUCGCUGACGAGUCUACACCUCCGCCGCAACGGCCGCCGCCGCCCGACUUGACACCACUUCUUUACUCGUAUUUGCAAGACUUGACGCAACCUUCGGGAUCCUUUUAUCACAUGCGUCCAACGAGGGAAAAGCCGUUCACUGAGUUCCACGAGUCGCUUCAUCAGUCGCCGCCGCCGCCAUCGCGCCGCGUGAAGAGAGAGAGGAAGCAGACGCACACGGCGCCGCACAGCGAGUCCAGCUCCGACGACGAGCGGCCCCGGCGGUCACCGCGGCGCGCGGGCCCGGUGGCGCGCGCACACGAGCCCACCAUCACUGAGGCAGGCGCGCAGUUCCUGCGGGUGUGCCACAACUCCAUCUCCAGGACCAUACGCAACAUAUUCAACUCAUUCAUGUCGUACGUCAGCGGCACGGAAGACAAGAAAGACGUGCAGAUGGCGCUGGUCAUCUUCCUGGUGCUGAUCGCCGGCCUCAUCAUGUUCGGCCUCAGCGACAGCCGGACCAUUCACCACCACCAUUGGGAGUUCUUCAAUCCACCAGAAGGAAAACCGUAAUGGUCCUCAAUAAGCUUGCAUUCUUAGCAACAGUCAUUUCGUUAUGAUAAUGUACCUUGUUGUUGUAGGAUGCCAAUUCACUAACAAUUAGCAUUUUUACGGAAACGAACUUUCCACUUUACGAUAAUUUAUGAAUUCAGGUUUUUGUAAGUUAUAAAGUAAUAUGUAAUACUAUGAUUUUAUUUCCUAAGUUAAAGGUAAAUAGGAUUCCGCACAAGAACAUUCUGAUUCUGAGCGUUCUGGUUUUCUUGGUAUUCGUUGUAAACUGGUAUACAAAUGUUAUGUAGAUCCAUAGGUAAACAUAAAAAUACAUAGAAAUAACAGUACUUACUUCAUUUAAAAUAAGUUGAAUAAGAACCUACUAAUCAAAUAUUUACACGAGCGAUAAUAAUAUAAAUUCGAAAAUAAUGGGGUAAGUGUACCUAUAUAAACCUACCUACUCCUUUAUGAAAGAUAAUUCUAUAAGUUUGUGCUAAAAAUCAGUAGAACAACACAUGUUGUACCUACUUAUCUACUUUGGUACUUAAUUUGUUACCUACAUCUACAGUAUAAACCAAAUAACAGCUUGGUAAACUUAAUUUGUGAUUAAACAAUGCAGUGUCUGGUGUUAUGCAUUUUGUUAAAUUGUUAUUUAUUGUGUCUAAAAAUAAAUGUUAAUCUGUAAA